AGAGAAAUUAUGGAGAAGUUAACAAGUUUGAGCCACCUCUUUGUGACAGUCUUCCUCUCAAGAUUCGCUAGCUUCAUGGUGAUUCCAGCCAUUACCGAUGUCACCAUGUUCGCUCUUUGCCCUGGUCAGGAUGAGUGCUCCCUCGCCAUUUACCUCACCGGAUUCCAGCAGGCGAUAAUAGGAUUAGGAACGAUGGUGAUGAUGCCAGUAAUUGGGAAUCUAUCAGACCAAUACGGGAGGAAAGCCAUGCUCACAUUGCCCAUGACAGUAUCCAUCAUUCCUUUAGCUAUUUUGGCAUAUAGCAGGACCACCAGCUUCUUUUAUGCCUAUUACGUUAUCAGGACUCUCACUGCCAUGGUUGGUGAAAUCAGCAUCAAUUGCCUAGCUCUUGCUUACGUGGCAGAUAACAUCCCAGAAGGACAACGGGCAUCAGCAUUCGGAAUUUUAUCUGGUGUAGGUACCGGCGCCUCCUUUGUCUGUGGAACCUUGGCCACUCGUUUCCUCUCCACAACUUCCACAUUCCGGGUUGCUACAUUAUUCUCCAUGAUUGCAGCUGUGUACAUGAGAGUUUUUCUCAAGGAGAGUUUACGCCCUGAUGAGGAUGGUUUAACGCAGCCAAUUAUCAAAGGAGGACCGGAUGAUAAUCAAAAUGAGAGGGCUGAUUCUCCAAGGAAGAUAUGGGAAUUCAAGAACAUCCCAUCAGUAAGGGAUGUUACUUGUUUACUCAAGACUAGCGUUACCUUUUCGCAAGCGGCGGUUGUUUCAUUUUUCAGCAGUCUAGCAGAUGGAGGAAUACAAGCUUCAUUACUGUACUUCUUAAAGGCUCAAUUUCACUUCAACAAAAACCAGUUUGCUGAUCUGAUGCUAAUUCUUGGGGUUGCAGGAAUGGUUUCACAGCUCCUUUUCAUGCCCUUUUUAGCACCUAUUAUUGGAGAAAGAAAACUGCUUUCGAUAGGGCUUUUUGCGGGUUGUAUAAAUAUGUUAGUUUCCAGCAUCGCCUGGGCAACUUGGGUUCCAUAUGCAACCACUGCUUUUGGUGUUUUCGCUGCCUUCGGAGCUCCAUCGUUACGCAGCAUUGCAUCGAAACAAGUUGGGCCACAUGAGCAGGGAAAAGCUCAAGGAUGUAUAUCAGGCAUAAGUUCCCUUGCCACCAUUAUUUCUCCAUUUAUAUUUAGUCCUCUGACAGCUCUGUUCCUUUCUGAUGGGGCACCAUUUUAUUACCCGGGGUUCAGUAUUAUGGGCAUUGGACUCGCAUUGAUGAUUGCAUUCAUUCAAAGUCUUAUGAUAAGGGAUGCUCCUUCAACUUCCAAGUCACAAAAUCAGUACUGCAUAGUGGCCGAGGCCUAGUUCUCUGAAGCUUAUGAUCUACUCUAAUGUAAAAGGUGAUUCUCGUUAGUCUUUAAGCUGCUGGAGCAAUGUUACUGUAUCGGUACGCAAGGAGAAAUCUAAGAAAGAUCUUGCUGGAGUUACUGUGAAUUCAAGCUCAGCUAAUGACAGAAGGGUUUAUCCUUUGAUUUAUAGGUUGCUUCCAUUAGGAAGAAGAAAAAGUUAAGUAAAUACAAAUUAUACAGUCAUGAGAGUAGUCAGUAUUCGAUAAGACAACUCUCCAUACUCUCUUGUAUUAGGUCCACAGAAUGUAAUAUCUUCAUCUCGUUAGCUUAGACUCUGGGAAUUUAUCAGAGCUUCUAUAUUGUAAAUUGCUCAAAUACACAUAGCAUUUUGUUUAUGAAGUGACUCAACAAGUGUUGCUUGAAGACUAACAAUAAUAAACUUAAUUACAUUGCUU